AUGCUCCGUUUCAACCUUGAGCAGUUCGAUCUGAGCAUGAUGCAAAGCUUUAGAACAAUCUGCGGUGUCAAAACCACCGGCAAAUUUGCGCUCAUCCGCUGCACAGCUUACGUCCCACACCGUGCAAUGCUGUGCACCUCGGUCAGCACCAAGGCAGACGAUGAGGAUGAGCAGAGGAUAGACACCAUCAGCCGAAGAACCAUGCAAAGCUGA